UUUAGCGCCAUUUCGGAGGCCUCUCAGGAGGACCAGUGCUCCCGCGUGGUCUCGAGGAAUAAUACACUGCCCGGCGAUUCGUCGUCCGAUAGCAUCAGUCUAUUGCAUAACUCGCCGAUUAUGAAACAGGAGAGCGAAACCGAUGUAUUGCUCAACGAUAUACUUACUAUCCAGGAGUCGUCGUCCAGACCACUGACCGCCUGCAGCGGUGGUCAUCACCACCACUACGGGGGCGAUAGGGAUAGUCCGCAGCCGUCAUCGUCCGGAUAUAUGAGACAAGAUAAGCUGAUGUCGUCGACCACAUCGUCGACCAGUAGUGGCGCCUCCACUCCUAACCACUUCUAUCCGCCCUCAAUAACAGUGACCAACGCCUCUAUUGAGCACUACUGCGAGUACGACAGCGACUACCGGUCCGGCGGCGGACUCAGCCAUCGGUCGUACGGCGGCAGC